UUCUGCGUCCCUCAAGCAGACCUUUGCCAACUUCAUCUCUACCUUGAAUCAACCAAAACCUCGCUCCAUUGCUGAUUCGUACGACGUCGCAAUAUCACCGGAUCACCCCAAAUCUAGCGACUCGACGUCUGCGCUCUUUGCUACAUUGCGACCAGGAACUAGCUCACGCGACGCGAUUUAUUUUAUCCAACCUAUUCCAAAGGACGCGUCCCUGACUCAAAGCUUCGCCUCCGAUCCAACUUCACGGCGAAUUCUUCCGCCACCAAAUCUCACCUCACUCUCACCACAUAGAAUACUCUUUCCCCCCGGCUACGACUGCGCAUUCAUUCAUCAUGCCCGUCGAAGUCAGCCUCAACACGCCCCUGGCCGAGGCUCUCAAUGCCGCCAUCCAGCCCAAACUCGUUGAGGUUGGAUGGGGAACUGGCGGUGCCGAUGACUCCGCCCUAGCAGAGUAUAUUAUACUCAUGCUUGUGAACGGGAAGUCUCAGGACGAAAUCGCCGCCGAACUCUCGGGAGAUCUACUUGGCCUUGGCUCCGACGAUCCCAGCACUCGCAACUUCUCUCAGUGGCUCUUUGAACAGAUCGAUGCUCUGAAUGCUCAGUUCAACGGCGGCGGCAAUGCAGCGCCUGGCACAGGUCAAGACGCGACAACAGAAGGCGAUGUGGAUACAGACAUGAAUGCCGGUGAUGUGUCAGAAUUGAAUGCACCUACCGGCCCACGCUCAAUGCGAAACGGUAACCAGCGCGGGGGACGUGAUAAGCGCAUGUUCGGACAGAUGAACAAAGCCAUGGACCGAGCUGGCGAUUCUGCACUUCACCGUGUUAGAGGCCAAACAGGAAGCGAACGUAUCAACACUCAUGGCCGUACACCGCCAAAUGGGCCCAGAACAGGCCGAGGUGGAAUUGGACGACACAACAACCGCACCGCUAACCUCCAGGCUGGUCUCGCUAACAUGGCUGCUGGUGGUCCUCAGGCGCAGUGGAUGAUGCAAGGUGGCCAACCUAACUCAGCCGAGUUCGCCGCUAUUCUGGAACAACAGAGCCAGAUGAUGCUUCAAAUGCAACAGAUCAUGAGUGGUGGAGGAUUCCAGGGUCCAUAUGGACAGCAACGCCGUGGAGGAAAGUCUCUAUUCGACCGUACGCAGCAUCCCGGCAGAGGUAACUACCGCAAGGGUUUCAACGACCGACAGGGCGGCAAUAACGCUGGAUUUGAGGGCGAGGGCGAGGACGUCGACAUGUCCGGCGAGAAACGUGAGCAGCUGAACCCGGACGAGACGGUUUGCAAGUACAACUUGAGGUGUACCAAUAAGGACUGCAAAUUUGCUCAUCAGUCACCCGCCGCCCCCCAGGGAACAUCAGUCGAUGUAAACGAUAACUGCAGUUUCGGAGCUGCGUGCAAGAACCGAAAAUGCGUCGCGCGGCAUCCUUCGCCAGCGGCCCGUCUGGCCCACCAGAGCGAACUAGACUGCAAGUUCUUCCCCAACUGCCAAAAUCCUCAGUGCCCUUUCAAGCAUCCAUCAAUGCCUCUCUGUCGAAACGGCGCUGGCUGCACAAAUGCCGACUGCAAAUUCACUCACGUCAAGACCAAGUGCAGAUUCAACCCUUGCCUCAACCCGAACUGCGCUUUUGCGCACGAGGAAGGCCAGCAAGGUGGCUUUAAAGACAAGGUCUGGACCGCUGGCGAAGGCACAGCGCACCCAAGUGAGAGAAAGUUUGUGGACGACCAAGCUCCCGAAGAGCUCGUCAAGGGGGAGGAGACAGAGGUUAAACAGGAGACUGAUGUCAUCGGUUGAAUGAGAAUGAGAGGAGGAACAGGGAGAUAGAUUGAUCGAAAAGAGAUCACGAUACCCAUGGCCAAAGUCCUUAGAAGCCGAGGGACGGCAAAUACGCGGCCUUGAUGAACAGAAAAGCUGUGAACGAAGGACAUGUACUUUUACGGUUGCUUUGUAAUGUCUGUGGCCGAUGUGGCAGAGCAUGGAAGGGCGUUUGGGGGUUUGGUAUUUCUUGGUUGUGUUUUGAAGCAGCCCAAGCCAUCUUGUUUAGUAUCAUAUACAUAGAGUGGAGGCCAAGAAGCAAAAGCAAAGGCCGGUAGAUUGCGCAUCAUGAUGCUUCAAAGCGGUAUGCGCGAUGGGGAGAAUGAAAACGGCGGGUUUCAUGGCUACUACAAUGAUUAUUCCCCAACCAUAUGUGACAUUGUAAUUUCUCAUACUUAGUAACUAAAGAAAGAAGAAGACUCUUGCAUAUGAAUUCAGAACAGCUAGAAUUAACUAGGUACCAU